UCCAGAGCUGCUAAUCAGGAACAAGAAGCAAGUCAACAGCCUCAAAGUGUUUCUCGGGGCAAGCAUUAAGCAGAGUGAGUCUUGUUGGUGGUAAAAUAGAGGCUCUGUCCCUCCCCAGCUUGGUUCCCGGAAACACGGCCGGUUGCAGGCACCGAGGCGGAGCUGCCGCCCGGGUUCCUGCCCCUCCCCGGCGGCACGGCACGGCACGGCGGUGCGCGCACGGACACCUCGGCCCCUCUGAACCUCAAUGCCCGAAGCUGGCUCAGCCCCGAGCUUGGCCCCGAUGAAGCCCCCAGGCUGCCACCGCACGCCGAGCGCGAGCGGCUCCGGCCCUGGAGCGCCACCAGACGCUUAGCCGAAAGUUUUGCUUCCGGCAUCUAAGCCUCAUUAAGGGCCUCCUCCGAGCGGAGCCAGAGACGCUGCUGCUGCGGGAGCAAACCAGCAGCCCGGCUUGGCGGAGCAGAGCAGUCCCAAGAGCGGCACCCGCCCGGCCCUCUCACCCUUUUUGAACUCCUCCAGCAUGGCGUCCAGCUUGGUGUCGUGGAAGACAACGUGCACGGGGUGGUUGUAAAAUUUCGUGAUGGUCUUGAGCGGGGUACAGUCGUCGGGGUCGACGAACGCCAGGUCCUUGACGUAGAGGAUGUCCAUGAUGUUGGAACGCUCGUCCUCGUAGACGGGGAUGCGGGUGAAGCCGCUCUCCAUGAUCUCCGACAUGGUGUUGAAGUCCAGGAUGGCGUCGCUGUUGAUCAUGAAGCAGUUGUGCAGGGGGGUCAUCACAUCCUCCACUGUCUUGAUCCGGAGCUCCAAGGCCCCCUGGAUCAUGUUGAGCUCCUCCCUCACCAGGUCGUUGUAGGGCUCCGUCACCUUCAGCAUCUCCACCAGCUUCUCCCGGUUAUAGACGGUGCCAAUCUCCUGGCCCAGGAUGCAGUCGAGCAGCUUGCUGAUGGGGAAGGAGAGGGGGAACGUCACCAGCAUGAAGAACUUGGUGACCACGAUAGUGUUGGCACCCACGGCCAGGCCGUGGCGGGAGCAGAGCGCCUGGGGCAUGAUCUCGCCGAAGAUGACGAUGCCGAUGGUGGAGGCGACGACGGCGCCGAUACCGGAGCCGAUGAGGUCGUCGAGGAGGAUGGUAAGGGUGGUGUUGACCAGCACGUUGCCCAGCAGCAGGGAGCAGAGCAGGUAGUUGCCCUUGCGGCGGAUGGGCUCGAUCUUGCGGGCGUAGCGCUUCUCCUUGUCAGUGCCGCAGUUCUGCACGAUGCGCAGCUCCAUGGGGUCCAGCGCCAUGAGGCCCAGGUUGAGCCCGCUGAACAUGCCCGAGAGCACCAGCAGCCCGGCGAUGAGGAUCACCUGCAGCCAGAGGGGCAGCAGCGACUUCUUCUCCUCCAGCACCACGAUGCGCCCGUCGAGGCCCUGGUGGGGCAGCCAGGGCUGGCCGGGCCGGCCCUGGGUGCAGAGCACGCGUGGGCUCGGCCGCCUCGGGGCUCUGGGACCUGCUGGGCAACGCCAUGGUCAUGACCCAGUUCAUCCGCCUCACCCCCGACGUGCAGAGCAAGCGCGGCGCCGUCUGGAACCGCGUGCCGUGUUACCUCCGAGACUGGGAGAUGCAGGUCCAUUUUAAAAUCCACGGGCAAGGGAAGAAAAACCUGAACGGAGAUGGCUUUGCCAUCUGGUACACCAAAGACCGCAUGCAACCAGGACCUGUCUUUGGAAGCAAGGAUAACUUCUUGGGCCUGGGAGUGUUUGUGGACACCUACCCAAAUGAGGAGAAGCAGCAGGAGGCUCAGAAGAGGAGGUACAGCCCAGGAAAUCAGCGCGUGUUCCCCUACAUCUCGGCCAUGGUGAACAACGGCUCUCUCACGUACGACCACGACCGGGACGGGAGGCCUACGGAGCUCGGAGGCUGCACGGCGAUGGUGCGCAACCUCAACCACGACACCUUCCUGGUGAUCCGCUACGUGAAGAGGAGACUGACGGUGAUGAUUGACAUCGAUGGUAAGCACGAGUGGCGAGACUGCAUCGACGUGCCGGGAGUGCACUUGCCCCGCGGCUAUUACUUUGGGACCUCUUCUGUCACUGGAGACCUCUCAGACAACCAUGAUAUCAUUUCACUGAAGCUUUACCAGCUGACGGUGGAGCGGACACCGGAGGAGGAGAAGCGGGAUAGGGAGGUGUUCUUGCCUGUUGUGGACAACCUGAAGCUCCCGGGAAUGGAGGCCCCGCUGGAACCCAUGAGCGGCCUGGCUCUCUUCUUAAUUGUCUUCUUCUCCCUCGUCGCCGUGGUUUUUGCCAUUGUCAUUGGAGUCAUUGUCUACAACAAGUGGCAGGAGCAGAGCCGGAAACACUUCUAUUGACUUGGGAAUCUGCCCGGGAUGGCCCUUUGCUAGCCGCAUCCCGACUCCCACCCACCCCAGGCUGUCCAGAGCGUGACGGACCGAACCUUACGGCAGGGACCCGCACGUCCCCUGAAAGCCCAGUGGGGGCAGCUGCCGUUUCUUGUUGGGCUCCGGGACUGCCACGCCGCUCCCAGCGGGAAUGGAGAUCCCCAGCGCAGCGUGCGGCACACCGGGAGCUGAGCAUCGCUGGGGCGGACCUGUCGUCCCCCAAAGGCCUGUCUGGAGUAGGAGUUUGCUUAGUUGUUUAGGAGGACGGGCUGGGCUGGGGCGUGUAGGCAGCGCCGAGCCUUUUCUCUGCGGUCUGGGGAAACCAAAUCGGGGGAGAAAUCACCACCUUGGCUGUGAAAUCCUGGCUGAGGGAGGUCCCAGCUGAAGAAAGCCCAGCGAAACGCCUGCUUUGUUCGCCGGACUCGGACGAUAACCCCUUGCAGCGGCUUGUCCCGAGCUGUUUCGUUUCCAGUCAGGAUUUGCCGCAGCAGUGUGCCCCAGAACGGGCUGCUCUGGGUGCAGACCGUCCUGGCCGGGGAGCACGGUGAUCUGCUCCCCUUUGGAGACGACCACGCUGCCCCCACGCCGCUUGCCCUCUCCGCAGUGUGUUGAGCACCCGAGACCCCCUCCUCGACAUGGGUGUCUCUCCCAAGCUUUUAAUCCCGCUGCUUUCCGUCACCUACCUUAGGUCACCUUUGGAGACUGAACUGCUUUUGUUUGUACCUUGAAUUUCCCCACCGCCACGCAGCCCUUCUCCGUGUCCCCUUAGUCACCGAGGUUUGGUCCCCUCGGGCAUCGGAUGCCGCCUGUUUUUCCCGGCGGCGAGGUGGGCUGAGCUGGGAAUCUGCCUGGCCGCUGGGCACCGACAUCCCCCGUUUUGAAUUACCCAUCGCUGCUGCGUCUCGGGCCUCAGCCCCUUUUCCUGCCCCGCAGGGCCGCUGCUGAGCAUGCCGCCACCUCCGCACGCCCCCCGUCCCGGCGCGGCCGUCCCCACCAGUGCUGUUUGCAUGUCGUCUUGUGGCAGAUUUUUCCAAGGAGUCGGUGCCCCCUCCCUCAGCCGGGCGCUGAUCCUGGGCCUUGCCGAAGGCCGUGGCUGCCGCAGAGCUGAGCCGUGCGGGGCGACUUAGGCUCUGGCCAGCUUCUUGGAGCCGUAGCUCUCACUGCCUUUCAGGGAGUUGUAGUUUAUUCCUACCUCAGUGACUGUUUUUUUUGUUGUUUGUUUGGUUUUUUGGUUUUUUUUGUUUGUUUUUUUGGUUUUUUUUGUUUGUUGUGUUUUUUUUUUUUUUUUUUUUUUUGGAGAUUAACUUCUUGCUGUGUUUCUCCUGCUGGCAGUUGUGGGAGGUGUCGGGUUGGUUUGGUGUCCCGGGGCGAGGGUCCUGGUAGCUCUGGGGAUGUCCGGAUGGGAAACCCAAGGCCGCCCGAUGGCUUUCCCAACAGGUCAGCCCCAUCUAACUUUUUUUUUUUUUCCGCAGCGACGUCCCAGCCGCGUCCUCCUCGCCCCACCGCCGCUUUCCAGGGCGUUCGCUCGCCGGGGCCGCGCUGCUGGCAGGCGCCGUUGGAGACGGGCCCCUGGUUGGAAACGGUGCGGUGCGGAGGACGCGGGGCUGGUGCUGUGCUCCGAACGAUGCUGUUGCCGGGGUAGGUGGGAGCUUUCAGAAGUGCCCAAACGACAUUGUGGCCUGAAAGAGCAGUUUCUGGUAUCUGCCUUUUUUCUUUUUUUUUUCUUUUUUUUGCCUGAUGACCAGAAAUUGGUAACGUGUGCGCCUUUUCCUAGGACUGUAAUCAGCGUCUCGGAAUAAACGUCGGUGUGUGUGUGCGUGUGA